ACUCCGCUUGUCAGACAACAGGCACACAGUCACAGAGGCUGUCCAGCAAGCAAUUGCAAGCGAGCUGCAGGCGCCUACUGUCUAUGUGACCUUUCGCUAUCGCCAAUAUCUUCGGGAAGCAUCAUGUCGUCUCAAAACGGAGCGUACGACCAAAACCUACUUGAUGAAGCUCCCGCAGCAACGAGGGCGCAGAGGCAGGAAGGUUACAAGGUUGAUUUACUCGAUGACCGUCCUACCCGCCCCACAUCUACCCAACCACUCAGACCUCCACACACAAUUCCUAGUGAUACAGACGUCGAGAGCAGCUCAUUGACACGGGAAAAGAUUGUUCCUGGAGCUGUUACAUAUACCUCGCACCCCACUCAAUCUUUUUGGCGGACUCGCAAUGGCAAAAUCACCAUCUUCGUUAUUGCCAUUGUCGUUAUCGGUGCUGUUGUUGGUGGCGCCGUCGGUGGGACUGUCGGGAAAAUCGGCUCAAAUAACAACGCCCCUCCUCGGAAUGUAACCUCAGGCAAUUCUACAUCCCCGUCUGAUGUGCCGGGGACAGGUCAAACAAAUGUUACCACUACUCCAUCGCCGUCCUCCUCCACAUCCUCCACAUUCUCCAUACUCCUCCCAUCUUCCACAACCUCCACAACCUCCGCAACCUCCAGCGGAGUCAGCCGACGGGAGGGAGUCAGCCAGCGGGAGGGUAAUUGGGCAGAGGAUGCAGGAAGCGAUGACGGCACAAUGGCGUUUUAUCGACUUUGA